CAUCUAACGGAGAGUCUUUGUCCUAACCCCCAAAGUCUGUUCUAUUUGCUAUAGCCUACAAAACCCCGCCUUCAGUCUCAUUUUCCACACUUACUGUGCGUUUGUUUAUUCGUGAAAAAAAAAAAAAUCCCCAAUUCUCGUACAGAACCAGAGAUUCCGAAUCACGGCCGUCAAUGGCGGCGCCGGAGAAUCCACAACAACAGGCUGCUACUAUCCGUCACGCAUUCGGGAAUGUGCUUUCGUUCCUCAUUCUAUUACUCAUCGGCGUUCUCGCUUUCUCGAUCCGUUUAUUUUCCGUGAUUAAGUACGAGAGUGUAAUUCAUGAAUUCGAUCCUUAUUUCAAUUACAGAGUGACGCAGUUUCUCAUCAAAAGUGGAGUAUAUGACUUUUGGAAUUGGUUUGAUGACCGAACAUGGUAUCCUCUUGGACGUGUGAUUGGUGGAACUGUUUACCCUGGACUUACGUUGACUGCGGGUACUUUAUGGAGGAUAUUCAACGCCUUAAACAUUCCUCUAACGGUGGAAACUGUUUGUGUAUUUACGGCUCCAAUUUUUUCGGCUUUUGCUGCGUGGGCGACAUAUCUACUCACAAAGGAAGUCAAAGGCGUUGGGGCUGGGUUGACUGCUGCAGCUCUUCUAGCCAUGGUACCAUCUUAUAUCUCUCGAUCUGUGGCUGGAAGCUAUGACAAUGAAGCUGUGGCUAUAUUUGCUUUGAUCAUCACUUUUUAUCUGUACAUAAAGACCUUGAACACAGGAUCCCUUUUUUAUGCUACUCUCAAUGCGAUAGCAUACUUUUACAUGGUUUGCUCUUGGGGAGGGUAUACCUUCAUAAUAAAUCUUAUUCCGAUGCAUGUGCUGCUGUGCAUUGUAACUGGUCGCUAUUCUUCACGCCUCUACAUUGCUUAUGCUCCACUUGUUGUCUUGGGAACAUUGUUAGCUGCUUUGGUGCCUGUUGUAGGUUUUAAUGCUGUCAUGACAUCAGAACAUUUCGCAUCAUUUUUAGUCUUCAUCAUUAUACAUGUUGUGGCUCUGGUUUAUUAUAUCAAAGGAAUUCUCACUCCAAAAAUGUUCAGAGUAGCAGUUACACUUGUUGUAUCGGUUGGGCUGAUAGUCGGUUUUGCGGUUUUGGCUGUACUGAUAGCACUGGUAGCUUCUAGCCCAACCAAAGGAUGGAGUGGACGAAGUCUGAGCCUGCUAGAUCCAACUUACGCGAGCAAGUAUAUACCAAUUAUUGCUAGUGUUAGUGAACAUCAGCCCCCUACGUGGCCAUCUUACUUCAUGGACCUGAAUGUUUUGGCAUUUUUAGUUCCAGCCGGCAUCAUUGCAUGCUUCAUGCCACUCUCUGAUGCAAGCUCUUUUGCAGUUCUUUACAUUGUUACAUCAGUAUAUUUUUCUGGUGUCAUGGUACGUCUAAUGCUUGUACUUGCUCCAGCAGCUUGUAUAAUGUCCGGAAUCGCUCUUUCAGAAGCUUUUGAUGUUCUCACUAGAUCAAUUAAACUUCAGUUGCUCGCUGCCACAGAAAACCCACAGAUUAAUGCAGGGGAUGCCACUAAAGUCACCCCAAAUGAUGCAGUGAAGACUGAGAAAAGUGAGGACUCAGUGAAGGAACGAAGUUCAAGGAAAAGUAAAAAGAAGGAAAAAGAGAAUGUAGAAAAAGCUUCUUCUGUAUCCCGGAAGGAAAAGAGACUUUUGGUCUUACCCCUGGAGGCUUCUAUGAUUGCAGUUUUCUUGCUUGUUUUGCUCGGUGCUUUCUAUGUGGUCCAUUGUGUCUGGGCUGCUGCAGAGGCUUAUUCGGCUCCAUCCAUUGUGCUAACCACUCGUUCUAAUGACGGCGGCCUUCAUGUCUUUGAUGACUUCAGAGAGGCAUAUGCUUGGUUGAGCCAUAACACUGAGGUGGAUGAUAAAGUUGCAUCUUGGUGGGACUAUGGUUACCAAACAACUGCUAUGGCCAACCGCACUGUUAUCGUUGACAAUAAUACCUGGAACAACACGCAUAUCGCCACAGUUGGUACUGCCAUGUCCUCUCCUGAAAAGGCAGCUUGGGAAAUUUUCAACUCAUUGGACGUAAAAUACGUUCUUGUAGUUUUUGGAGGUCUUGUUGGAUAUCCAAGUGAUGACAUUAACAAGUUUCUGUGGAUGGUUCGGAUAGGUGGAGGUGUAUUUCCUCACAUAAAGGAACCUGAUUAUUUGAGAGAUGGUCAGUACAGAAUCGAUGCUCAAGCAACGCCAACCAUGCUUAACAGCCUCAUGUACAAACUUUCAUAUUACAGAUUUGUCGAGACGGAUGGUAGAGGCUUUGACCGGGUGAGACACACUGAAAUCGGAAAGAAGCAUUUCAAACUUACCCAUUUUGAAGAGGUAUUCACUACACAUCAUUGGAUGGUCCGUCUUUACAAACUGAAAUCUCCCAAGAACAGAAUCCGUGGGAAGACCAAGAAAUCUAAAUCGAAAGCUACCACCACAACAAGCUCAAAAAGAAUCGGAGCAAGAAAGAAGAAUCCUUGGCAUUAGCUAUAGCUCCACAAAGAAGCUAUUUGGUAUUAGCUCGACUUUGUGAUAUGCGCUUAUCUAGGACAAUAGCAGAGAAAAUAUUUGCAUGCGCGGUAUGUGGCUAGAAUUUGAGUCUUUAAUAUGAAGAAAAAAUAGACAAAGCAGACGAGUAAAAGAUUUUUAUUUAAUGUUCGGAUGUAUGAUAGGGUGCUAGUAAAGCGACGAGAAACAAUUUUGAUUUGCUGUUUAAGUUGACGAGGUUGUGGACUGUACAAGAAUUAGUUUGAACUGUUCUUACAUAUAAAAUCAUCUGACUAACAUUAUCUUUUGA